UGGAGGUAGAGCUAUAAAUAGGCAGUUACUGGUAAGAAAUUGUGUUGUUUAAAACCAAAAUUUACUUUUUAUAAACAAAAACGGAAUUGUUACACAUUCCUUGAGAACGUUAUUAGUGGAAAUGGAGGGAAACGAUGUACCACUUAUUAAAAUCGAACCAAAACAAGAAGUAAAAAUUCAUUCAGAUCUUCAAGAACACAUUAUAGUGAAUAAUGAAGCAUUGGUUACAUUAAAGGACGAAAUUAUCAUUUCUGCACAGUGCUCCAAAUCACUCGAUAAUGAAGAAGUACAACAAACUGAAGGUGCUUGGGAUAUUAAAGCUGCAAUUUCUAACGAUUUCGAACAUAACUUCGGUCAACCAACAACGAAUAGAAUCUUUAACUGUGCUAAUUGUGAUUAUGGAACAAAGAAUAAACGACUGCUUCAAGCGCACAUUUUAACACACAAACGUAAUGAGAUGCAAUGCGCUCAUUGUGAUUACAAGACAAAUAACAAAUACCACUUUAAAAGACACCUUUUAAAUCACAUGGAUUCUAAGCAUUUUAAAUGCGCUCAGUGUGAUUACGAAACAAAUGAUAAACAAUGUUUUAAUCGACACCUUUUGAAACAUGUCGAUUCUAAAGAUUUUAAAUGUACUAAUUGUGAUUACGAGACAAAUAACAAAUACCACUUUAAACAUCAUCUUUUAAGACAUAAAGUUGCUAAAGACUUUAAAUGUGCUAAUUGUGAUUACGAGACAAAUAACAAAUAUCUAUUUAAACAGCACCUUUUAAAUCACACCGAUUCUAAACUUUUUAAAUGUGCUCAUUGUGAUUAUGAAACAAAUGAUAAACAAUGUCUUAAUCGGCACCUUUUGAAACAUAUUGAUUUUAAAGUAUUUAAAUGUGCUAAUUGUGAUUACGAGACAAAUAACAAAUACCACUUUAAACUUCACCUUUUAAGACAUAAAGUUUCUAAAGAUUUUAAAUGUGCUAAUUGUGAUUACGAGACCAAUAACAGAUACCUAUUUAAACAGCACCUUUUAAAUCACACUGAUUAUCAUUUUAAAUGUUCUCAUUGUGAUUAUGAAACAAAUGAUCAACAGUGUCUUAUUCAACACGUUUUGAAACAUGUCGAUUCUAAAGAUUUUAAAUGUGGUAAUUGUGAUUACGACACAAAUAACAAAUACUACUUUAAAAGUCACCUUUUAAGUCAUAGUGAUUCUAAGGAUUUUAAAUGUACUCAUUGUGAGUAUGUAACAAAUAAUAAACGAUAUCUUAAACGACACCUUUUGAAGCAUAUCGAUUCUAAAGAUUUUAAAUGCGCUAAUUGUCAUUACAAGACAAAUACCAAAUACUGUUUAAAACAACACCUUUUAAGCCAUAGCAAUUCUUCACUUUUUAAAUGUGUUCAUUGUGAUUAUAAAACUAACUAUAACCAACGUCUUAAUCGACACCUUUUGAAACAUAUUGAUUCUGAAGAUUUUAAAUGUGCUAAUUGUGAUUACAAGACAAAUGUUAAAUUAAACUAUAAGCGACACAUUUUGAAACAUACCGAUUCUAAAGAUUUUAAAUGUGCUAAUUGUGAGUACAAGACCAAUAACAAAUACUACUUUAAACAGCACCUUUUAAAUCACACUGAUACUAAACAUUUCAAAUGCGCCCAUUGUGUUUAUGAAACAAAUGAUAAAUCAUGCCUUAAACGACACCUUUUGAAACAUAUCGAUUAUAAAGAUUUGAAAUGCAGUAAUUGUAAUUACGAGACAAGUAACAAAUACCACUUUAAACAACACCUUUUAACACACAAAGUUUCUAAAGAUAUGAAAUGUGGUCAUUGUGAUUAUGAAACAAAUAACAAAUACCUAUUUAAACAGCACCUUUUAAAUCACACCGAUUCUAAACUUUUUAAAUGCGCUCAUUGUGAUUAUGAAACAAAUGAUAAACAAUGUCUUAAUCGACAUCUUUUGACACAUAUCGAUUCUAAGGAUUUCAAAUGUGCUCAUUGUGAUUAUGGAACAAAUAAUAAACGAAAUCUUAAAGAACACCUUUUGAUACAUGUGGAUUUUAAGGAUUUUAAAUGUGCUGAUUGUGAUUAUGGAACAAACAAUAAACGAUAUUUUAAACGACACCUUUUGAAACAUCGGUAAUUCAGGUUACCAUUUUAUAAUACUCUGAUAUCCAUUGGAAUGUACAUUAGGCACCCAUAGCCCUUAUUUUGUAAACAUUGGUGAUAAUCCUCAUAUUAUUGUUACUUGUUAGUGAUAGUAAAGGAUUCGGUUAGUUUAUAAAUUGUUAAUUCAUUGAAAUAUCGCAUUACGAAGAGAAAGUUAUUUAUGUGAUUCUGAUUAGUAGUAAUAUAACAUAAAUUUAAUUACAUGAUAUAUAUUUAUUUACAAUUAAUUAACAAUGAA